CAGCAAGACAGGAGCUUGGACCAAGAUCGAUCAGCUGGAUCUCGAAUCCUCCACACAACCGAGACUGCCGCGCGCUAUCGGGAUGAACUUGGACUAGCCUGCUACAACUUACAGCUAGCCAGGUCUCUAUUCAACUAGUAGAUAAACACCACGGCCUCAGGCCUCGCAGAGCGAUACUAGGACGAACAGGAAUUCAUCUCCGUAUCCUGAAUGUAUUCUGGUCUACCUCUCUCACCUAGAUACACACGGAAAGCGGAACUCUCAGGAUGUCGCACGCUUUACUUCUCCGGCUCUUCUUGUCGCCAUACUUCUCGAUCUCGGUUGCCAUGCAUUAUUUGAAGACGUAUCCGGAAUCGAUCGGUAUCAGCCACUACUUGUGUUGGCGCAUGAAGCAGAUGAAAGCGGAAGAAGUCGAGUUCUACUGGCCUCAAAUCUGUCAUCUCUUGAUUACUCGCCCGACAGAUUCGAACGCGCUCGAGAGUUUCGUGGUGGAAAGGGCAGAGGAGAGUACACACUCGGCGAUGCUGACCUUCUGGUUCAUGUCCGCUGCCUUGAGAGACCUCAUAAACACACGGGCGACGAAUCCUCAGCCGUUCAUGAUAUGUCAACGGGUUCUGCAUAGGUGUCAUGAGAUCAUCUUUGGUGACGCUCCGGAUCCUUCUCAGUCGCCCUACAAGUCACUGCCCACGACACCCUAUGGAUCGACCGUCGCCGUCUCUCGUUCAAACUCCCGGAAGACGCCCACUGCUCGUGUCGGAGAAGCUGCAAAGAGGGUUGCUAACGGUCUACGGGAUCGCUGCAGACAGCAAAAGGUCAACGCGCACAUACCGGCCGCUCUCGUCGGUAUGGGCGUCGUACUGGCCGGCGGUCCGGGUAUGCCAGAUCUCGUCGAGAUGACGGGCCAGGUCGCAGUGACCCAAGGUCGAAGACCGAGAGAUGAUCUGGAUGACACAAGGAGGAGAAUCGAAGUCGCUAUGGAUGAGGGAUCGGACGGCCCCCGAGGCGGUGAAGACGUGAUGAGCCGAAUCCAGAGGGGAAACACGUCGGCGAGUGACGAUUCCGAACCAGAAUCCAGUCAUCGACGCGAGACUGUCAGGAAGGGUUCUAGCCUCGCAUCAUCGCCUACAACAGCAAGCUUACCGAAAACGCGGCAACCCCCGGAUAGCAUCAAGCUGGAUUCUCCGCCCAAGGGUAGAAAACACAGGCUGCAGAGUAUGGAGAACGAAAGCGUGGCGAACCUGGCUAAUCAAUCGCAUCAUCCAUCUCAUACAUCGCCAUCUAUCAUACAAGUGUCAUCACCGUUCCAACCCUCCCUCCACCUGUUGCCUUCUCCCUCGGCUCCUGAAGGUUCGAGAUCUAGCAAGAACCUCGCUGCAUCAGGGCACGGAGUUGUGCCACCGGCACGGCCGUCCUCGGCAGCCAACUUCACCCAGACAUCUACCGCGGCGCCUUUUCAUAGCGUUCCCAGCUUUCCUGCUCAGCAAUCGCGCGUCAGCGCUCUCAGGAUGCCCAUGCCAAGCGCCGAGAGUCUAGUCUCGAUGUAUGAUGCGGAUGCGCAGCGCGCAUUGUUGCGGAGCCACUACUGUCGGAGUGAAUUCCGGUUUCUUUCUGCACUCGAGGACAUCAGCACAAGAUUGCUGGUUAUACCCAAGCCGGCCAGGCUGAGUGCACUUCGCGCCGAGCUGACAGGACUCAAUCACAGCCUUCCCGCCGAAGUCUGCAUGCCGCUUUGGUGUCCUGCAGAUCACAGUCACGAGGAAGGAGGAGAGACUCGAAAUGGCACAUCUCUGUUGGGAAGACGAGAUCGGGAGGCUACUAGCAGGGUUCGGGGUCACCACCGUAUCGUUCGAAUAUCACCGGGAGACAGCGUGGUCCUCAAUUCAGCACAAAAGGUACCAUAUCUGCUGCAUCUCGAGAUUCUCGAGGAUGACCUCGACUUUGACCCCAGUCGUCGGCCAAACCGUGAAUUGCUUAAAAAGAUUGCUGUGCAGGAAGAAUACAAGAAGAGGAAGCGAGAAGGCAUUGAGACCAUUGAGAAUGGACCACGAGGGAAGCUUGAUGGACUGGGUUGGUCAUCGCUUGCUCCGGCAUCUAAUGGUCACGGCGCCUCGGAUAGUCGCGGACAGGCGCGUAGACCGUCCUCGCCGCGUCGACCUAGUGGGCCGUCUUCGCCUACACUCCGACGCGACUCGCUUGAACCUCGAUCGCCUGACGAUCCGGAAGAGGUUGAUCUGAUUGAACAACUAUUCGGAUCGGAUUAUUCUUCGAAGGACCGGAAGGUGAACUUGGUAGACUCGCUGCCCGUUCCAGUGGCUCCUCAGAACAAGCAUCUUGACGCUGCCACCUGGUCAAAAGCAGACUUGUCGCCGAGCCUGUCUAGACAAGCUUCCAACAUGAGCCAUCCUGCGACUCCUACAGAUUCGCCCAAGAUGGCUCAAGGCAAUCCGUUGGAAGAGGAUUCGGCAACCUUGGAAGCAGCGGCUAUACCGAAAACCGCUAGCUCUCGCCCGGUCAUCACGUUGGAAGACUACUCGGAACGCAUGCGAACUGCAGCAGUCAUGCUCGCUCAACUCAAUGCUUCCAUGAAGCCUGACAAAGGGGGUCAACAAGGAGCGCAGAACGAGGUGGGAAUGAUUCCUGGUAGGGGAGCCAUCUUAAGUUCAGUGGGAGGAGCCGAAAGUCUUGUAGACGGUUCGCCAUCUGCCAACUCGCCCACAUUCCCUGCCAGCAGGAUGAGAUUGAACCCAAUCCAAGCGACGGCUAUUCGUGAUAGGAUCAUGCAGGAAAUGAUGAGCCUAGAAGAAGAAAGGGUUGCACGCAUGACAGCUCAACCCGAGGGGUAUACGGUGCAGCCAAGCCAUAGCGAUGGCAAGACGGCAGAGGACGAGAACAUUAUCAGGCGGGAACUCAACAAGGAAGAUCCGUCAGCCGUGAUUUUCAAGGAAUCCUGGACCGCAAAGAAGAGCCGUAUACAAGCGGCCUCACCUUGGGGUCACUUGGCGCGGUGGAACGUUCUUUCCGUCAUUGUCAAGACUGGAGAUGAUCUUCGUCAAGAACAGUUGGCUACGCAAUUGAUUCAACGGUUUGGACAGAUCUGGAAGGAAGAGAAUUGCGACUGUUGGGUACGAUUCUUCCGGAUUUUGGUGACGGGUGACAACUCGGGCCUGGUAGAGACCAUUACCGACGCUGUUUCAGUGCACUCUAUCAAGAAGGCCGAGUACGCACGUCGGAUGACGACCGGCGCGCUGGGAAAUGUUACCUUGAUGGACUAUUUCGUUCAAACUUAUGGGGAUCCCGAUUCGGGUAGAUUCGCCAAAGCGCAACGGAAUUUCAUCAAAUCGCUUGCCGCGUACAGCGUAAUCACCUUCCUGCUGCAAAUCAAGGACCGACACAACGGAAACAUCCUGAUCGAUCGCGAUGGUCACCUAAUACACAUUGACUUUGGUUUCAUGCUCAGCAAUUCUCCUGGGGGCAACAUGCGAUUCGAGGCUGCUCCAUUCAAGCUAACCAUGGACUACGUCGAGAUCAUGGGGGGACUGGACUCACCUGGAUUUGCUCAUUUCAAGAAGCUCUUCAAAGAAGGCUUCGAGACUGCUCGUAAACACUCCGACAGUAUCAUCACUAUGGUGGAACUGAUGCAGAGGAACUCGAAGCUCGAUUGUUUCCAGAUGUAUGGGGAACAAACUGCAAACUACUUGCGAGAGAGAUUCCAGCUGGGCCUGACAACACAGGCAGUCGAUGCUUAUAUGGAACGCUUGAUCCUGACAUCAGUUGGAUCGAGCUGGACGAGACUUUACGAUUCAUAUCAAUACUAUCACGAGGGUGUAUUAUAGAGCAUAGAGAACGAAAGCAAUGCAUCAGAGAGCAAACAGACAGCUCGAAGGAAAGAAUACAGCGGACCCGAUCCCAGAUCGUCAUGCAGCAUUUCUGAAGCGCACCUACUUACUGCUUCAGUUGUAGCGGCUAGUGAUACAACUGUUGUCUGAGCUGGUGGUCACCAGUUGCUAGCCUUUCGCAUCUUCGCUCGGAUCUGAAAGUCCUGCUUCCUAGCUGCUGAGUAUACUAGGGUCGGUUGAGACAAAUACG